UGCGUAUGAAAUACAUAUAAACUUAAGGAGUAAAAACGAAAUAUAAAAGAUAAGCCCAACCUCGAUCUCCAACCAACCGCAAACUCAGUCCACAAUUUUCUCAGAAAUCAUCGCACAUCCCUCUCACAAACAAAACCAAAGGUUGAAGAACACAACAACAACAAUCAAAUCCCUCUUCCCGUUUCGUCUCUCUAUAUCCUGCACUUGUGGUAUUGAAUCAAUAUGAAACCGGUUUGUCCUUUUGUUAAAAUUCCUCGGCCGGACGAUAGUAAUGCUUCUAAAAAACCGAGUGAAAGCUCAACUAAAUAUCAUGUAGAACAUGAAAGUAAGGUGAAGAAAGAGGUUAAUGACCGAACGCCGGAAACCGAACGCCGUUGCCGGAAACAAAACGCCGUUGCCGGAAACAAAAAUCCUGAACCGAAAAAAAUGUCAAGCAAGAAGAAACACAAACGAAAACACAGCGACAGCGACGACGACGUUUUCUACUACCGCUACUGCGCUUCGUCCUCAACCCCCAACACCACCACCGGCACCACAUCCAGUAAUCAACCCCAAUCAAAACCGAACAACAUAGGAUCAUCAAUAGGAGGAAUAGGUGAACCCUUAGCACCAUCAAAAUCGACGCUAUACGUUUCUAAUCUAGAUUACUCCCUAACAAACUCCGAUCUCCUUACGCUCUUCUCUACUUUCGGCCGCAUCGCGCGUGUAACCGUUCUCAAAGACCGACACACGCGCCUAAGCCGCGGUGUCGCGUUUGUCCAAUUCGUUUCUCGUAAUGACGUCCAACGCGCCGUGGCGGAGAUGAAUAAGAAGAUUCUCAAUGGAAGGACUCUAACUGCUUCUAUUGCUGCUGAUAAUGGACGUGCUCCGGAGUUUAUUCGAAAGCGCGUGUACAAUACUGAGACUGCUUUGUGUUAUGAGUGUGGGGGGCAUGGUCAUUUGUCGUAUGAGUGUCCUAAGAAUCAGUUGGGGCCGAGGCCGCGGCCUCAGCCUAAGAAGCCGCGGCGGGGAUUUAGUGGGCUGAGGGAUAGGGAUGGGGAGGAGGAAGGUGAUGAGGAGGAGGAAGAGGGUGGUCAGAUUGCUGCGGAGCAGUUUGAGGAUAAUUGGGCUUCUGUUGUGGAUGAUGAAGCGGGUGAAAGGUUGCUGGGGAGAAACAGAAAUGAUGGUGAGGGUUUGGACAACAACAAGACGAAGAAGAAAGGGAAGAAAGCUGGGUAUUUCAGUGAUGAGAGUGAUCAUGAUGAUGAUGAUAUCAAUAUGAAACCGGUUUGUCCUUUUGUUAAAAUUCCUCGGCCGGACGAUAGUAAUGCUUCUAAAAAACCGAGUGAAAACUCAACUAAAUAUCAUGUAGAACAUGAAAGUAAGGUGAAUAAAGAGGUUAAUGACUCGGCCAGCGUUUCACCGAAGUGUCCAAUGGGAUAUGACUCUCAGACGUUUAAGCUUGGUCCUCUUAGCUGUAUGGUAUGCCAAGCGCUGCUGUUCGACACCAGUAAAUGUGUGCCUUGUUUGCAUGUUUUCUGCAAAGCAUGUAUAUCGCGCUUUGAGGACUGUCCGUUAUGUGGAGCUGAUAUUGUGAAGAUUGAGCCCGAUGACAAUCUUCAAGGUGUAGUCGAUCGCUUUAUUGAAGGUCAUGCUAGGAUCAAAAGGUCUGUUAAUUUAGACAAAGGCGAAGAAGCAACAGAAAAUAAUAAGCCGGUUAUAUACGAAGAUGUGUCUUUGGAAAGAGGUUCUUUCUUAGUACAACAGGGCAUGAGGGCAUUCCGCGCUCAGAAUUUAGAAAGUGCCAAAUCAAGACUCAGCCUAUGUGCAGAAGACAUUCGUAGUCAGAUAGAAAAAGUUGGUAACACUUCAGAGUUAUGUUCACAACUUGGAGCAGUCUUGGGUAUGCUCGGCGACUGCUGCCGAGCAAUGGGUGAUAGCAGUUCUGCAGUAACUUAUUUUGAAGAAAGUGUUGAAUUUCUGUCAAAGUUGCCAAAAGAUGAUUUGGAGAUUACACAUACACUUUCCGUUUCACUUAAUAAAAUUGGUGAUCUUAAAUAUCAUGGGGGAGACCUCCAAGCUGCGAGAUCAUACUAUUUUCAAUCCUUAAAUGUUCGCCGUGAUGUUGUCAAGAACAAUUCAAAUGUUUCAUCUCAGGUCUUAGAUGUUGCUGUUUCUCUCGCAAAAGUAGCGGAUGUUGACAAAAGUCUAGGAGAUGAAAAGUCGGCUAGUGACGGAUUUCAAGAAGCUAUAAACUUGCUGGAAUCACUUACUUUAAAAUCUGAAGCCAGUGGGCUUGAGCAAGUUGUUACUUUAUGUAUGCUAAUAAAGAAGUGCUAUAUUAUUGUAUUCCUCCUCUGUUUCCGCAUCCAUAACACAAGCACAGACGUGUGUAUACAUAUAUAAUAUAUAUAUAGGAGGAAUCAAAUUACUCAGUGAAUAACUUUUGCAGA